AUGCUAGUUGCUACAGCUCUGGGCAGGAUCCAGGGAGCUAAUUUGGAGGGUGUCCUUGCCUACUAUGGCUUCCCGAUUCCAACGCCCCCUGUAGUCACCACAGAGCACCAUCCAGCAUCACUACCAGACGGCGUGCAGUUCGUCCUGAAAACUUUGCCGAUUUAUGCAAAGUGCAUUGGAGAUGGUGAUGGCUUUACUGCUUAUGUUGACACAGCAGAUCCAACGGAAUCAGCAAAUGUGCCACAGGAAGUGCGUGAGGCUGUCAAUGCAAUGUCACAAACACCCAAGCAUAGGAACAGCCAACAGAAAAGUGUACUCCAAAGUAAACUGAACAAAGCUGGUUAUAGGAUAAUAUAUACUUCAAAAGAUGAGAUCCUUGCAAGGCAAUACCGCUUCAGAUUGAGGGGCAUUGAUGCACCGGAGAUGGGAAUGCAAUAUGGGAAGGAGUCCCUGAAUGCGCUGGUGAACCUUAUCGCUGGCAAAAGUGUCAUGGUUUACGUAUAUGGGCAGGACCAGUAUGAUCGCUGUGUUGGAGAUAUCUAUUGUGAUGGUGUGUUCAUCCAGGAACAAAUGCUGAAGGAGGGUCAUGCAUGGCAUUACAAGAUUUACGACAAACGCAAAGAAUUUGCAAAAUGGGAGAUGAAAGCACGAGAUGCACGCCGAGGGCUUUGGGCAUCUGAUAACCCUGAGAAACCAUGGGAUUGGAAAAGGAAGCACAAUGUGAGACACGAGACAUCUGAUAACCUUGAUAAGACAUGGGAAUGGAGACGGAAACCGCACAAUGCAAGACACCAGAACACCCCAAUUCAGGUGACAUUGUGUACCUGA